AUGAGUGGUAAAAAAAAUACAAGCAAUGUUUCCUCAAAAAAAAUGAAAAACAGUAAUUCUACCUCUAUCGAGGCAGAUAAAGCAGAAGAACCAGUUAUUAAUCAAGCGAAAGCUGUUUUCGGGAGGAUGCUGCAUGGCAGCAGUUCUAAGGCAAACAAAAUGCCACCAGGAAACGAAGGUUCUAAAUCAACCAAAAUAUUAUUAGUGGCGCAAAGGCCUAAAUUAACUAAAGCUGUUGAAAUUUCAGAUGAUGAUAAGCAGAAUGAGUUAUCUUCAUCACUGGUUCAACCGCCUGCAAAAAGGCAGAAAGCUCUUUCAUCUGCCAACAAGGAAGAGGAAUCUGAUUAUGAGGAAAUAUCACACACAUUUCGAUUACCUCAAGACUCUGGGAACACAUGCGAUUCUUUAUCUAUAAGCUUGGUUAGACAAGAGUCUACUCAUGCGGAAUUGACGGCCCAUGAUUUUAAUUAUGUUGUAAAUUUUUUAGACCAAAAAAUCAAUUCAUUGUAUCAAUUAUAUCGGUUCACAAUAAAUAAACAAAAAGAAACGUCAGAUGAUAUAAAAAACCUAAUUGUACUUGAUGAUCUUUCUGAUGAUUUCUGGAGAAAAGCAUACAAGGAAGUCACAAAGCAACUAAUUCUAGCAACUCUAUACCCUUCCCCUAAAGAAUAUAGAGUUGCAUUAGAAAGAUAUUUGGAAGAACACACGGAUCAUUUUAUUAAUACUAUUGGGAGGAGUGCUUGGAUCUCAUAUUUCAAUGAGAAACUUUUACAUAAAGAAGCAUAUGAGAAAGAGCAAUCUGUCUCCCAAGAGCAGCUUGCAGAAAUCGCUUGCGUAGAAGAAGCAAUCGAAACCGCUAAAAGAACAAAAAAAAAUCAAAAGCUGACUCCGCCGAAGAAGUAG